AUGGAUGCCUCUGACUCCCUCGUCACAGUCGAGCCAUUGAUGUCAGCGACACCCAGUCGUCCCGGUCCUGUGCUCGAGUGCGGGGCAGCUGGCAUCCAACCCAUAAAUGCAGGCAAGUACACCUUCAUUCCGAACAAUGCGCUGCCUGAAAUGCGAAACACUUCUAGCUCAUCGCCAUCUUCGGGCCACCAGCGUCCGACAAACGCAUCGACACAGCGGAACGAUCCUGUAGCUCAUCAUCCUGUGCUUCCGGUUACUGACUGUGGUGAUUGUGAUAGUCUCUCGCCAAAGCAACACUUUCUCUCCAUUUACUACCAAAAUGUCAGAGGCCUUCGCACUAAAACUUCACGCUUACAGCUAGGAUUGUCGAGCAGUCAUUAUGAUGUUGUCAUUCUUACUGAAACAUGGCUCCGGUCCGAUAUAUGCGACGCUGAAUUAUCAUCCGAUUAUUCACUUUUUCGUUGUGACCGUAGUGAAGCAACCAGUAGCCUCACAAGAGGUGGCGGAGUGCUUGUCGCAGUGAAAGCCACACUGCACUGUACCGAGGUUUCGAUACCUCAUUGUAGUACGCUUGAGCAAAUGGUAGUUUGUGUGAAACUAUCCAACCGAUAUUUGUACCUCCUCGGCAUUUACUUUCGACCAAACUCUGAGACGGCGUUGUAUUCCAACCACACUUUCGCUGUUCAGUCCUUGGCGGACCGAUCUUCGGCUAACGAUAUCGUUUUAUUGCUCGGCGAUUAUAAUCUUCCGCAUCUGCAAUGGGGUUUUGAUGAGGAUGUCAACGGAUACUUGCCUGUGAAUGCUUCUAGCGAUCCAGAACUCGUGCUAAUUGAAUCCAUCUCAUCCUAUGGCCUCGUACAAAUCAACUCUAUUCCAAACAUCAAUGGCAGACUACUUGAUUUGGUUUUUACAAACGCUCCCGAUAAUUUUGAAGGCCAGCCGCCGAUAUCACCACUUCUACCCGUUGAUCCGCACCACCCACCAUUCGAACUACAAAUAGACAUGCAGAGCUGUGUGCAUAUUUCAGCCACAACUGAUUCCUUUGACCUGGAUUUUAGACGAUGUGAUUUCAACUCUUUAAAUAGCGUAUUUUCAUUGGUCGAAUGGGAGGUACUUCUUCAAGAUCGUACAGUUGAUUCCGCCACCCAUAUGUUUUAUGAUACCCUGUUUGAGAUCAUACAUUCGAAAGUACCCCGACGCCACCGUUCUAUUAAUAGGAACACCAGGAAGCCUUGGUGGACUGCAGAGUUGCGAAGGCUGCGAAACAAACUGCGUAAAGCACGCAAACGAUUCUUCAUCGAUAAAUCAAACGAAAACCGUGAAUCUCUUCGCAUCGUGGAAACAUGCUAUAAGGAUCUUGUAGAGAACAGCUACAGGGCCUACCAGCAGAGACUUCAAUCUGAUAUGAAACGGAACCCUACGGCGUUCUGGAAAUUCGUUAGAGAGCAAAGAGCGAGUAAUCGAGUACCACAAGUUGUCGAAUACGGUAACACAACAGCAAACCUACCUGAUGAAGUUGCUGAUCUUUUUCGACGAUUCUUCCAAAGCGUGUUCAAGACUGAGCUGCCUCAACCAGGAUCUGGAUGUUUUCGCAACCUACCGUCGCAUCAUAUCCACCUACCAUUCUUCAAUUUUACCCACGAGGAAGUUUUAAGAUCCUUGCAAAAACUAGACGCGACGAAAGGAACUGGAGUGGACGACUUAGCACCUAUCCUGUUGAAGAACUGCGCUCCAUCAUUGGCCUUUCCUCUGACAAUACUCUUUAACAAGUCGCUCGAGGAAAGAACAUUCCCUAGCCUAUGGAAAACUGCGAAGAUGAUUCCUAUCUACAAAUCAGGCAGCUUGCGGCGCGUUGAAAAUUACCGUGGAAUAUCCAUCCUUUGUUGCCUAGGGAAGCUACUCGAAUCACUGAUCCACACAGUGCUACUGUCUGCAGCGAAAUCGAUGAUAUCUGAGUUCCAGCAUGGAUUUGUACCCCAUCGUUCCACAACGUCCAAUUUAUUAUGCUACACCAACGUGCUCUUUCGUGAAGUUGAACACAGAAAUUAA